GACCUGUUUUCGUGAUAGCGAUCCUGCUCUCCUAUUUGGUAAAUUUUUUUGUUUCUAAUAAAUUACGUUUAAAUACUUAGUGAGGGAAAUUCACAAAGAACCCAGGAUGUAUAUUGUGCAAUAACCAUAUGAUGGAAUGGCGGAAGAGGAAUUUGACAGGCAGUUGAUGUGCGAUGAACCUGAAGUGGUACAAUCACUUAUUGACAUUUCAUCACAAAUGUUGAUCAGUUUAAGGAAUCAAUGCGAAACUCGCGCUGAACUCACUCAACAUGAAAUUAGAACUUUAGAAGUAAUAUACAAACCUUAUUUACUGAUAAUAUUAUGUCUGUAAAUUGAAUAUCAAUGUUACUCUAGGGUAAACUUGUCAAGUUAUUUUCAGUCCAAUUAAAUAAUAGACAGAAAAAUCCAGGACGGUUUGAUUCUUCUAAAUUAAGAAAUACACCUUCUUUGAAACAAUGGCUAGAAGUUGUAGGACUUAGUACGCUGUCUGUACAAGUAUGUUCAAAACUUAAAAUUAAUAAUUGUGUACAUAUAUUUACAAUAUUUCUAUUUUUCAGAGAAUAUGUGAAAAUAUCAACUCUAUAGAAGCACUUUUGUUGAAGUCUGAGAAUGAAUUGAAAUCUAUUCUUCCAGAAUAUUCACUUAAAGAUGAAGAACUUAGACGUUUGACAAGAGCAUCUUAUAAUUUGAAAAAAUAUAGUGGUAGGUAUUCACUUUAACAAUAAUAUAGUCUUAAAUCUAGACGAUAAUACUUUUCCAAGAAGUUUUUGUAAUUUUGAUUUAUUAUUAAUUUAACUAUUUCUAUGAUUUAAAAGCUGUUAAUAUAAUGUGACAUAAAACUAGUGAUUAAAAUGAUUAUAAAUUACACAAUAUUGGGUCUAUUAAAAAAAAAAUAUACUAUUAAAUAAUAAUACUAGUUAUUUUCAAUUUAUUAUUUUUAAUAUUAAAUUAGUUAAUAAUUAGAGAGAUGCCUUCUUUUAUUAUUAAUAUAUUUUGUUAAAUGUAGAUGUAAAUGCUGUUUUCUUCUAAUUUUCGGAGCAAUACUAUUUUGCAUAAACUUAUUUUUUAUAAAUUAAUAAGUUUUUUAUGAUAUAAUAUUUUAUACUAGGUUAUUAUCAAUAUUAACCUUUAUACAUUUUCACAAAUAUUGUAUAAUAAUUAAUAGCUACAGGCAAGCUUGGAUAGACUUGAUAAGUUACUGAGUUGAAUUUGAUGGGCUUCACAAAAUCAAACUUCUUUUUAAUUAAUUGUAUUUAUAUUUUGUAUAAUUUUGGGCCAAGUAAAUGAUAAAACUGGACUAAUACAAAGAAAUUAUUGAGGAUGAGAUUCUCCAUCAAACACUUGUCCCUGAUGACUUCUGGGUUAAAUAAUAUUUAAUUUAACCAUAGAAUAUUUUUUUAAUUGUAUUUUGUUGUCAAUUAUGUUAAAUAAUUUAGAAAAAGUUUAGUUUAAAAAUCAUUUAUUUAUACAAAUACAGUUUGAUUACAAUAAGUGAAAACACUCUGUAACUAUGAGCUGACUAAAUUUGCUUAAAUUUUAAACCCAAUUAUAUAUAUUAUAAUAAUAACAGUCGUAUGUUACAAUAAUUUACAAUACAAUUAAUAUAAUAUGCAUAGCUAAGAAUUAACAAGAAUUCAAUUACAAUAUAUUUAAAUGAGUUAAAAUCUGAUGAUAUGAACAGAUAGAUUUUUAAUUUAUUAAUAGUUUUCAUAAUUCUAUUGAGGGGGUUAUUGCUAGUAUAAUUGGUUACUUCAGUUUUAAGAUAAAAUGUAUUUAUUGACCGAGUGUUACGAAUAGUGGUAUGGAAGGAGAAACGACUUAAGAACUCAGGACAAUCAAUGUUGGACAGCAUAUUCGCAAAGUAUAAAUUUAAUCGUAAAUGGCGUUGUUCAAGUGUUUCGAGGGAAAGAAACGACAAAAGUGGGGUGUACUUAUUCUCUUCAGUUUUUUUUUUUGGUCAACUAAUAAACAUAUUAUAUAUUAUAUGUCUUCAAAUAAUAGACUAUUUGUAUCAAUUUAUUUUGCGAAUGAACUCAACUUUUAUUUUGAAGAGGUAUAACCUAUUUUUAACCAGAAAUUAUAAUUUUUUUGUAUUUUUUAAUGAAUUAUGCAAUAUGUUAUCAGAUUAAUUUGAAAUACCUAUAUUUUAAACCCUUAUAAUUGUAUAUACACAUAUGCCAAUCUACAAUUAUUAUAAAUCUAAUUUAUUUAUCUUCGAUAAAAUAGUUAUUUUGAAUGAUCUAGUUAUGAUUUAAUAAAAAGUUUGUAGUUUCUUUUGAGAAUUUUAUUUAUUUAAUAUUUGCUUCUGCAGCUUUUUAAUACGAAUAAACAGUUACACUAUAUAUGAAGAAAAUAACAAGCUUCAUUUUUGAAUUAUGAAAUAUUUUUGAUACAUUUUAAUACUAAAGUUUGUAUAAUUUACUAUUAUAUUAUAACAAACAUAAUUUUUUACUGAAUUUUUAUUCAUUUAACUGAUGUAUCUAAUUUGUUUCUUUACAAACUGCUUUCUUUGUCAGUAGUAAAAUUAUUAUAUUGAUAUGGAAUUAGGGGCUUUUCAUUGGAACAGUGUGCUUAGUGUUUGAGACAUAAAAAUGAAAAAUAAAAUCAAUUUAUUUUUAUAUUGUCUUGAAAUUUAGUUUUGUGUUUGAUCACUGAUUAUUUAAUUGUAUCUAUUUGGUUAUAACUUAUAUACUUAUUAUGUUUCAAUCAAAUAAAAUAGUUUUAUGUUAAAUUACUUUUUAGAAACUAUAAGAGUUGGAAAUAGAACUCGGGAAAAAUGUAAGAUGACAUUAUAUUGGGAUUCAUGGUAUCGACAAUAUGAAGUUCGUUGUGAACAAGCUGGACAUUCUCCAUCAUCUGUCCAAGGUCAUUCUCCAUCAUCAUCUUGCCGUCUGAGAAGUGCUCAUUUAAAUCAUUGUACUCCACCUAUAACCCCUACCUUAUUUAUCCAUAAUCAUAGUAAGUAAUCAAUAUUAUUAUUCCAUAUCUAACUACUAUUUUGUUAUUAGAAAUUAUUUAAAUGUUAUUAGGUAUGGCAAAAACUUUGAUGAUGAGUUUUGAUAAAUUGAAAUUUUGAUAUAUUGAGACCAGUGUUUCUUAACCUUUUUACCAUCACGAUCCUCUAAAUAAUUAUUCAACUUUUUAGUCAUCCCUAAAUAUAUAUUUUAUUCACAGUGACCCAAUAUUUUAUAUUUUUGGCAGCCCUAAAUAGCUAAUUGGUGACUCCAGGUUAAGAAACACUGUUGUAGACCUAAUAUCUAAUACCACAAUAUAUUGUCAACAAUGUUCUCGAUAUAAAUAUAAAAUAAAUCUCUCUAAAUAAUAUUAUAAUUUACUCACAACCAAAAACAAUUGGGUAGGUUAGGUAGGGUCAGGUAAGUUACACUGUGCAUUGUUGUUAGAUUCGGGGAAAAUAAUUUUUAAAAACGAUCAAAAUUUAGUUGUAAUAUUGAACAUUCGAUCAUGAGUUAUCCUCCUGCUAUGUCGUUAUUCUGUGUGGUAUUGACAGAAUAGGUUUCCUUAAUUUGUCAUUUUAAUAAUAGUUAUUUUUGUUUUAUUUUACAUUGCACAUUUUUACACAUUAAUACUGUUAAAAUGUUAAAUAUAAAUUACAUCAAUAAGUUGAUAUUUAGCAUAAAGUAUCAACCAUCUUGAUGUAUACAAAAAUGGACAAUAUCAAAAUAAAGUAUUGAUAUAUUCUUGCAUGUGGUUUAAUAACAAAUAUUAACCAAUUCAUUUUAAAAUAUUAAACUAUAUUUAUUAAGAAAAGUGUGUUUAAGCUAUCUUAAUUAUGGUAAUAAAUAAACCAGCCUAGUAUGCAUUAUAUACACAUAAAUUUAGGGUUGCAUAUAUGUUACCAAAUUUGUGGAAUUCUUGAUUUCACAGAGUCAACAGAAAAAUUGUCUAUUUUAUGAAUUAUGCAACAAUGUUGACAAAUACAGGAAUUUAAAAGCUAUAUAACUCCCACAUAUACUGUCAAUUACUCAAAAUUGCCAAGGUAUAAAAAAUUAAAAUGUAUAUACUACCUUUAAUCUAUAUAAAUUCACCAUUAUUAUUAAAUUAGUGAAUUUAUUAAUGGUUGCAUUUUUAUUUGUAUACUUAAUUACUACUUUAUUUUCUGGGCACUAUAAUAAUAAUAAUUAGGAAUCUAUUAAAUAGUAUUGUAGUUAUAAGAUAAUUGAACACAAAUCUAAAAUUAAUUAAUUAAUUAAUUACUUUAAUUAAUAAAUGUAUAAUAUUUAACAUUUUUUGUCACCCUUAUUUUUGGGGGUAAAACCACUAAAUAAUUGUUUUAAUUAAUUCUCCAUCUAUUUAUGUAAUUUUGAAUAAAGGUUGCUAUUAUUUGAAAAAUAAUUAAUGUUUCCCCCCCCCCCCCAAAAAAAAAAAAAUUUAUAUAUAUAAAUGUAAAAUUAUAAAGCUGUUUGUUUCUUAAAUGUUCUGUAAAACAAAUUUCGAAAAAAGUUUAUACUCUCAGAUAACUAGUGUUACGAUAUAUUGAUUACCCUGUAUAUACUUGUCAUUCAAAAACAUCUAUUAGUUCAGUUCAUAAAUUUAUUAAUAUUAUAAUUUAUCAUAAUUUACUUUUAGAAAACAAUGAUAGUCCUAUUUCAAAAUUAACAUCACCAAAAAGUCAACGAAAUUUAAAUCCUGAAGAGGUUUUUACUGUUGUUACUUCACAAACUAACUCGGAUAAUCAUGCUGAUGAAAUUCGGUAAAUAAUAUAUUAAAUUUUUAUUGUAUUCUAAUAAAUACAUUUAUGUAAUUAUUAAUUUAGUCAAAAUGGAAUGGUCACACAUUGUUUACCUAAAGAGCCAUUAGAUACUUCUAUUUUAGCAAAUUCAAUGAGCCCAAAUAGAGAUAUUCGAUCAGCAACUAAUGGAUUAACAAUUCCCCAUUCUCCAAAACCUUUAGUUCCUGAUAUUUGUGUUAAAACUGGUCACAAAUUUUCAAAUUUACUCCCUAUGCUUGGUUAUUGUGAACAAUGUUCUGUACGAGUAUUUGUAGGUAUGUUUUAUAAAAUCCAUUUCUACUCUUAUUUAUUAACUAUUUUUAUGUUUUGUAUUAUUCUAAAUAUGAAUUUAUUUUAUAGGAGUAAAAUGUAAAAUUUGUAAAUUUCGAUAUCAUAAGGGAUGUUUAUCAAAAGUUCCAUCAAAAAGUACUGCAACUGAUGAUAAUGACUCUUCACUUGGCCCAAUUAUAAAUGAACAUGGUAAUUUAUAUUUAGAUAGAUUUUAUCCGACAAAUUUUUUUUUUUAAAUUUUGAUAAUUUUAUACAUUUUUUACAGAACUAAUAAGUUUAUCGGCUAAUCAUUCUCCUAGUUUUAGUCGCCCUAAUUCACACAAAACUUCUUCUUCAUUAUUGUCAAGGAGACAAACCCGAAUACCAUCUAUCAAUUCUAUACCAGUUUCAGUAAGUAAAAAUGUAUUUUCUAAUAUAUAAUUAAUUUAUAAAUAUUUUUACCUGUGCAUGAUAUUUUUAUUUUUAUAAGUCUAAAAGUGGCGGAGCUGAAUCUAGUUCUGCUCCAUCUAGUACAAAUAGUUCAACACCUUCAAGUCCUGCUCUAGUCAAUACCAGACAAACCCAUGUUUCUUCCUUACCUACACCAGCUAUUAUACAUGAACAAUUUAACUAUUCUGAAAACACAAUUUAUACUCAAGACCUACAGGUAUUUGUUGAUCUAUUACAAUAUUUUCAUUUUGUUUAUGAUUAUAAUGAUAAACUAUUAUUGUUAUUUUUUUUUUUUUUUAGAAAAAUCCAUUUAAAUUUAUUGAAUCUAGGUGUGGUAGCACAGAUUCAGAACAAACUUCUAUUAGAAUAGAUUCUUCAGAAGCUAACCAUUGGGAUACUGAUGAAAUGGAAUCUAGAGGGUGGCCAAGACAAAAUAGUGUAAGUUACUCAUUCAUCAAUGUGAAAAUAUAAUUAUUUUAAAUUUUGUUGAUUUUAAUAUUUUGUAAGUUUUAGUUUUAAUCAUAAAAUUUGAAAUUUCAUAUUCUUAAAAUAUAGGAAAUUUUGUUACAUAUUCUGCUGGCGAUAGCGAUACUGUUGUUCUCUGUUAUAAAUAAUAUGUUUGAAAAGCAAGAUACAUUCAGUGCUGUAAUAAGAUACUUUAAAUUAGUUUCUAGAUACAGAUAUAGAUUAAUUUUUUUUGAAAGUAUCAGAAAUCAGAAAAUAAUACAUAAUAUCACAAUAAAUUGUUGAUAUUUUUAUUUAAACAAAAUUAGAUUUUAGAAUUUGAGUUUUUGUUUCAGUUUUUUGUUGAACCAAAAAAGUAAGAAUUAUAUCUUAAAAAAUAUCUUAGAUACUUUAAGUAACACAAUAUUUGUUAUCUAAGAUACAAAUACAGAUAUAUAUUUUUACAACAAACAACCAAUGUCGAAAAUAAUGAAAUCAUUUUUACUCUAAAUUUUUCUGGGUGUCUACCUUUUUUCUAAUUAUUAAGCAAACUACCUUCCAAUACACUAACUAGAUGAAAGAUGUUCAUUUGAAUCACUGGUCUAGCUAGUGCUAUGUAAAGUCAUUCUUUUGAUUUUUUGACAGUAGUUUCAACCUCAAUAACCCCGAAAGAACAUAAAAACAUUUGUUCUUUGAUGUAAUAAGUUUUUUUAUUUCUUCAUAGUUGUCGUCUUUUGCUACUUAAGUUUGUGCCUAGGUAUUUAAAUCAUCCACCUCCUCACACAUAUACCCUUCGACCUGUAGUCCUGCUGCAUUUUGCAUCUGAUCUCUGUUUCUACUGAUUCGUAAAUAUUUUGUUUUAGUUUCGUUAAUGUUGAGUCCCUGUUUUUUUGCACUUCUUAUCAGCAAUUUUGUUGCUUUUUGAUUUCUUGCUCACUUUUGCCUAAUAUUACAAUGUCAUCAGCAUAUGUUAGUAGCAGAAUGUUUCGUCCACAGUUAAUUCCUUGAUAUUCUUCUUGUACUUCUCUUACUACCAUCUCUAGUACAAUGUAAUGAUGACAGUGCAUUACCUAGUUUUAAUCCUGGUGUUGUUUGGAAUUCUUUUGAUUUUCAUAUUUAAAUUUAACUGUGCAUCUCGUGUAUCUCAUCCUUCUGUAUAUACUCUUAUCGAUAUUAGUUUUAAGGGGAACCCCAGCAGCUUUGAGUAUCUCCAUAUUUCUGCUCUUUGUACCGAGUCGUAUGCCUGCUUAAAAUGUAUAAAAAUUAAGUAUAGAAGCCUAUUGAACUCUUAGUACUUUUCUAUAACUUGUUUAAAUGUGAAUAUAUAGUCUAUUGUUGAUCUGCCUGACAUGAAACCACUCUGAUAUUCUCCUUUGAUGUUAUUGGAAUAUGGUCUUAUUCGGUUUAGUAGAGUAUUUGGUAGAAUAUUGUAUGCGGUAUUAAGUAAAGAUAUUCCCCUAUAAUUUUAUACAUCCAUGGAGUCCCCUUUCUUAUAUAUGGGACAUGUUAUCGACAGGUUCCAUUCUGUCGGAAUCCUUUCAAUUUCCUAUACUUCUUUACUUUAUUAGGUCCCAUAUUUCUUGCAUUAGUUUUUGUAUAACAAAAAUGUUGCGCUAAAAAAAUGUGUGCAAAUGGGUAGAUGGUUAGUGGCUAGAUGUAGUAUAGCAGGAAAAAAUAAUAACAAAAUUUUAAAGUAUUUCUGUUAAAUGUAUUUGUUAAGAUCAUAGUAAAUUAAGCUUAUUGCUGAUAACAUCUUUAACUAUACUAAUAAGUAAUAAUAUAUUCAUUAAACAUGUAUUUUAAAUCCCUUACUCUUGGUACAUUUUUGAGUACAAUUAAUUUUUAAUUUAUUAAAAAAUUUUAAAGCUAUCCCUUCAAGAAUGGGACAUACCUUGGGACGAAUUAAAUAUGUGUGACAAAUUAGGAGAAGGUCACUUUGGUACUGUAUAUAGUGGGAAUUGGCAUGGGCCAGUUGCUAUUAAAGUAAUAAAUAUGGACUACUUAGAUUAUGAAAAAACAUUAGAAGCAUUCAAAGCUGAAGUAAGUAAUAAUUAUUAAAAAUAACUUUAAAGCAUUAAAUUAUUUUUAAUUUUUAGGUAGCUACUUUUCGUAAAACUCGUCAUGAAAAUUUAAUUUUGUUUAUGGGUGCCUGUAUGAAGCUUCCAAGAUUAGCAAUUGUAACAAGUCUUGCAAAUGGUAUGACAUUGUAUAGACAUAUACAUGUGCUUAAAGAUAAAUUUAAUAUGAGCCGCACCACAAUGGUUGCUCAACAAAUAUCACAGGCAAGUUAUUUUUAUAUGGCCGAUUUCAUUUUAUUUGAAUUUAAAUAAAAAUUAUUAUUUGUAUAGGGUAUGGGAUAUUUACAUGCAAAAGGUAUUAUACAUAAAGAUCUUAGAAGUAAAAAUAUAUUUUUAGAAAAUGGAAAAGUCAUAAUUACUGAUUUUGGUUUAUUCAGUGUUACUAGAUUAUGUUUUCGUAACCGGUAAUUAUGAAUUUAUUAAGAUGUAAAAUAAUCGUUCCAUUAAAAUCAUUUUUUGAAUUAUUAUAGAACCCAGGAUGGUCUUAUUGUGCCACCAGGCUGGUUAUGUUAUUUGGCACCAGAACUAGUUCGUAAUUUGCGUGUUCACCAAAGACCUGAAGAAGAAGAUUUACCAUUCAGUAAAGCAUCAGAUGUUUAUGCUUUUGGGUAAUUUAUAAUAUGUGAUAAAAAAUACCCUGAUUUUUAAAAAACAACACUAUAAAUAUAGUAUUCUAAAUACUCAUUAUUACAUUCAAAGUAAUCUUUCCAAAAACCAAUACUAUCAACCUUUUUUUUCCAUUUUUAAUAGUUUUGAAAAUAUUCCUGGUAAACACUAAAGGCCAAGAUGAAUGCUCUUAAGGUUGACUUCUUUAUGUUUUUUAAUGUUAUCAAUUUUUAUUUGAAACAAAUUUUUUUUAAUUAUCGAUUUUUAGUUAUAAAACAAAAAUCAUAAAAAAAAAACUGCCAUAUUUUGCGUGAUAGAUAAAUCACUGUUGUAGGUGAGAAGUUAGGAAGGUAGGAUAUAGAGGGAAAUUUAAUAUCAUUUUUGUAUGCGAUGAUAAAUCAUUGUUAACGAAAAACAAUUGUGAAUAGAGUUCAGUUAUAUACAUUUUUUAAACAACCAUCAUUUUUAAGAUUUUUGUCAAAAUUUGUAUAAAAAAUAAUAAUAUUACAUUGAAUUAAACAAUUUUUUGUUGACCUCUAAGUACAAGUUUAAUGAACCUCAUGUUAAAUUUGUAAGAAUUUCGGUUUGGUUUAACAAUUUUCUUCACAGAGUAGUUACUACCAAAUAAAUAUUUAUAAAAAAAACUUACAAAAUUAAAAUAUCUAUAAAUAGCUAAAAAAAAUAUCUCAAAUGUUUUAAAAAUUUGAUUAUAUCUAUUAAAGGCAAAUUAAAGUUUUCUGUCCAAAUUUAAAUUAUCUACAAACAUUUAAAACUGAAUUACAACCAAAAAAAAAAUAUAAUAAUAACAUUAUUUUUAUAUUUUUUCCCAAUUAUUUGGGAAACUGCUUAGAAAAUAAAAAUAUAACCUCCUCAUAUAAUACCACAGAAAAGUUUCUCUUCAGAGAGUGUGCUAUAUUUGAACAUUUGAACAAAAUUUCUGAUAGAAUUUUUGUACACAGUAUAAAAGAAGAAAAAAGAAACAUCAUUGUAAAACCAAUACAUUCCUCAUUUUGCUCAAAAUUUGAUUUUGCUUGAACAUUCAAUAGGAGAUAUAGUUAGUAUUUUCUGUAUUGGUUUUUUAAUGAUGUUAAUUUUUUUAUUUUUUUCUAUGUCCACUUUUCUAUCAGAAACUUUGCUCAGAUUUUCAAGUGUAGUACUUUUUUUGAUUUUCAUAAUAAAUGAGAAAAAAACAAAAGAAAAUAUAUGAAAUGUAUUAUCAAAUCGUAAAUAUUGUGGCCUUUUAAAAUCAUGUAUAACCAAACAACACUUAGAAUCGUUUUUCAUUAGCAAAGAUUAAUCAUUGUGUACAGAUAUACAUUAAAUUCCCAUCUAUACUUAUCUUCCCAACUUCUCACCCACAACCGUGAUCCAAUCAUUGUACGAAUUUUAAAAAUUUUUAGUUGAAAUUUAUAGUUUGUUUUCUUUUUAUAAUGUAUUACCUUGGUGUUAGAGAUGAUUAAAAAUUGAUUUUAUUUAGUUGUCUUGUGAUAUUUUGUAAGCUCUAACUAGGAAAUCUCUUAUGAUAAUCCAUCUUUCUGUCUAUUUUAGAUUUUGAGUAGAGUAAAGAAGAUUAUGAUUUUACAAAGAUGAUAGUUUUUUUUUUUUCAUCUAUAUAUGAACAACUUUUCUAUCAAAGACUUGCUUGGAUUUCUAAAUCUAGCAACUUUUCUGAUAGAAAAUCGGUAUGAAGAGGUACUUUAAGGAGGUCAUUUUUCUAUUUUCUCCAGAGUUUUCUCAUAAAAUUUGAAAAACGGAAAAAUAUACGAACUAUAAUAUUACUAAAAUAUUAUUAUUUUUGUUCCUGCGAAUAACUUUUCUACCAGCAAUUUGACUGCAACUUUUAAUGAUAGCAAUGUUCCUAAAACAAAAUUUUACUAGGGAGGUACUUUAGAGAGGUCAUUCUUCGAUUUUUUCAGGAGUAUUCCCAGCAAAUGUGAAAACCGGGAUAAAACAUGGGAAGCCAGGAAAAACUUAGGAAAAUCGGGAAAAUCAGUACAAUGUUAAACAAAUAUUAUUAAAGAAAAUAUAUAAAGCUUAUUUAAUUAUUUUACUAUAAAAUGACAUACAUAUUGUUGACAAAGCAUCACUAUUAACUCUGCUCAGAAUCGUUUUUUUCAUAAGCUAUGGUUUAUCGUUACUUACAGGUAUACAUAAAAUUAUCUAUAACAGUGGCUGCUUCCGUUCCCAUUAUCCUAAGACGUCUUUUUUUCUAUAAAUUAAAUAUAUGCUUUUAUUUAAAUGAUUAAAAUUAAAUUAAAAUAGUUGUUUUAGAUUAUUAAUACUUAAUAAACUAUUAUCUGUAUAAAAAUAAAAUAUUUUAUUGGUAAAUAUGCGUUUUAAAAAAUACAAAUUAUUUUUAUGAUAAUAUACCAACAUUGAUUUUAAUUUAAUAUGUUUAUUGUACAGAACUGUUUGGUAUGAAUUGUUAUGCGGUGAAUGGCCAUUCAAAUCAGCUAGCCCAGAAGUUAUUAUUUGGAAUAUUGGACGUGGUAUGAAGCAAAGAUUAGCUAAUUUAGAAGCAUCUGGAGAUGUUAAAGUAAGAAAAAUGGUUUGGAUUUAGAUAACUAAAUUGCUAUUAUUAAUUGAUUAACUGUUUUUAGGAUAUAUUAAUGACAUGUUGGUCAUUCAAUCCUGAAAAAAGACCAGAUUUUGCUCAAAUGCUAAAAACUCUUGAACGGUUGCCACGGAAACGUUUAGCUCGGAGUCCUUCACACCCUAUUCAUUUAUCUAGAUCAGCAGAAUCUAUAUUUUAAGAAACACUUUAACAGUAUUAUAACAUGGCUAUACCAAUGACUCUACUUCUUUAUGGUAUAAUAAAUAUUUGUAAUUAAACAACUCACAAAGCUCAGUUAUACAGGUAAUCUUGAUUAAAACGCUUUAUGUAAUGCAAUUAUGCAUUUUCCAUUAUUAUUAUUAUAUAUGUUAAUUGUGUAUUAUAGUUAUAUUGUUAUUUAUUUAUGGACUGUUUGUAUAGUAUAAGUUUAUAUUGUGUUAGCAGUCAAAUUUAUUUAAAAUUGUGUAAAUGAGAUAUAUAUAUAUAUAUAUAUACAGAAAUAUAUAUAUAUAUAUAUUUAACUAAAUGAUUUAAAAUAAUAAUUACUAUUAUUCCCAUAGUAAAAAUCAAAUUAAAUCAUUUGUCAUCAAUUUAAGAAGCACCGAUAACAACUAAAAUAUUAAUUUAAUAUUUAUAAAAAGCUGUUUGCACUAUUCAAAAAGUAUGCUUUGAACUAUAAUUAUUAAAUAUUAUGUAAAACUAUCAAACAAUUUAUUAUUCAACUUAUGUUUAAUGUAUUAUUUAUUUUAGAAACAAAAAUAUGCAUGAAAAAUAAUCAAUUUUGUUACCAUGAUUAUAAACAAUUAUUACUAUGCUUGAAUAAAUUUUGUUAUAAUUUUGUAAUUAUAUAUAUUAAAACAAAAGAUCCUAUUAUACCCA